AUGAUGCCUGGUGGAUCAUCAUCGGCAUCAUCAAAUGGUAACAACAUGAUGCCUGGUGGAUCAUCAUCAUUAUAUGGCAACAAUAUGAUGUCUGGUGGAUCAUCAUCAUCAUAUGGCAAUAACAUGAUGCCUGGUGGAUCAUCGUCAUCAUCAUAUGGCAACAAUAUGAUGUCUGGUGGAUCAUUAUCGUCAUAUGGCAACAACAUGAUGCCUAGUGGAUCAUCAUCAUCAUAUGGCAACAACAUGAUGCCUAGUGGAUCAUCGUCAUCAUCAUAUGGCAAUGGUAUGAUGCCUGCUGGAUCAACAUCGUAUGGUGGUGAAUCAUCAUUUAGUAAUAGUAUGAAACCUGUUGGCUCGUCAUCUUAUGGUAAUGGUGGUGCAUCAUCCUCUGGUGAUACUACCAAACCUACUGAAUCAUCCUCGUCAUAUGGCAAUGGUAUGAUGUCUGCUGGAUCAACAUCGUAUGGUAGUAAAUCAUCAUUUGGUAAUAGUAUGAAACCUGUUGGCUCGUCAUCUUAUGGUAAUGGUGGUGCAUCAUCCUCUGGUGAUACUACCAAAUCUGCUGAAUCAUCCUCGUCAUAUGGCAAUGGCAUGAUGCCUGUUGGAUCAACAUCGUACGGUGGUGAAUCAUUAUAUGGUAGUAGUAUGAAAUCUGGUGAGUUAUCAUCUCUUGGAAACAAUGAUAAGUAUGGUGGUAGGUCAUCAGCAUUUGGCAAUGCCAUGAAGUCUGUUGGAUCAACAUCUUAUGGUAGCAGUGGUAGUUAUGAUGGUUCAUCACACGGCAAAAGUGGUAGUUAUGGCGCAACUGAUGCACUUGAAUUAACUGGUCUACCUUAUGGUCUUCAAGCAACAGGCGAAUAUCUUAACUAUUAUCCAGAAAAACUUGAUCUAUCUAAAUGCGGACCUCAACCACCGAAAAAUCCAUGUACACUCAAUAGUCUACAAUAUUAUCCAUUACCUGGUUAUCCACAUUGUUACAUUCAGUGUUCAUUUGAACACAUGUUUGUUAAGCCAUGUCCACCUGAGCUUGUUUGGAAUGCACUCAUAAAUGUUUGUGAUUGGCCAACAGCUCCUUAUUCAGCUGAUGAUAACAGUUAUGGUUCUUCAUCCUAUAGUAACAACAACUAUCAAAGUGGAUCAUCUUAUUCAUAUGGACGAAAAAAACGUUCGACAAUUGAACGCAAGAAACUAUUCAGACAUGGUAAUCCAUUCCCGUCUCUAACUAAAUUGGAUGUACCCUUAGGUCCAUCUGUUCCAGGUGUUGUUCCGUUACCGGGUUUUACCGGUCCUAUUGGAAUUGCAGGUCCACUUGUUCCACCACCAACUCCUCCACCAUCUCCUCCUUCGACUGCUCCAGGAAUGGUUCCUCCAAUGGCAUCACGAAUGUUUCCUUCAAUGUUUCCUCUCUUUGCACCCAUGUCGCUUCCAUCACAAGUCGCUCCAUCACCAAUGCUUCAACCAAUGUUUCAACAAUCAUCUACAUUUCAAUCAAUGUUUCCACAACCAUCUACAUUUCAAUCAAUGUUUCCACAACCAUCUACAUUUCAAUCGAUGUUUCCACAAUCAUCUACAUCUCAAUCAAUGUUUCCACAACCAUCAGUUCCUCAAUCAAUGUUUCCACAAUCAUCAGCACCUCAACUAAUGUUUCCACAACCAACAGUGUCUCAAACAAUCUUUCCACAAGCAACUGUGUCUCAACUAAUGUUUCCUCAACGAACCGUGUCUCAAGCAAUGUUUCCACAACCAACAGUAUCACAACCAAUGUCUCCACCAUCACCAAUCAUGCAACCAACAUUUCUAACAUAUCAAACAUUUCAAACAUCACCAACACCUCGUUCAACACCUUCACUUCCAUCUUUUAUACCUCCCAUUCUUCCAUCUCUUCCAAUACCACUUGACGGACCAUUACUUCCACCUCUUCCUAUGAGUAUACCAGCUACAUUCAUUCCUGGUCCGCCACCUAUAUUUGGUGCUCCAUGGUUUGGACCUUUCGACGAACCUUCAGGAUCUGCUGGCGCAUCUUUAGGAUCUAUGGGCACACCCUCAGCACUUUUCAGUGGAUCUUUCGGUCAACCAUUUGGCUUCAAACCCUCAUUUGGUCAUCCAUUUGGUUUUGAUCUCGGCUUCGGUAGUGGAUUUCCAUCUUCUUCCAAUUUCUAUAGUGGUUUAUCUCAAUCAUUUCCAUUCUCUAACGGUUAUAAUAGGGGAAGCAAAAAUGGUAACAAAAAAGAUUUUGAUGAUGACGAUGAAGACGAUGACGAUGACACAUAUGAUGAUGAAAAACCAUCUGAUUCCAAUGAUGAUGAUUCCGAUAAAUCAAAACCAUCGAAACGUAGCAAGAAUAAUAAUAUUGCAAAGCGUAAAAAACGUGAAUAUGAUUCAAAUGAUCAUCAAGAUGUAACAAAUGAUCAUCAAGAUGUAACAAAUGA